AACUCUUGGGGAAUGGUUCUCCAACCAAAUCUGGAAGUUGCUACAUUUAGGAGUAAUUGGGAGGAGCGAAGUCGUUUCACUGGCUUUAAUCGAAGGUUAUCACGAUGGUUUGAAUCACCUCGGUUGUCCAACGCCUCUGUUGGCAGUAAUGACCGGGCCUCUACAGCUACGCUGUCCGAUUGUUCUGACUUCCCAGAAAUCCAGCGGCCCAUAAGUGUGGUGUCCACCAUCUCAUCCGGAUCAGGUUCCUCUCGGGACGAUGUACCUCUGACAGGCAUCCCAUCCACUGUGCCCAUUGAGGACAACUUGGAUCUGAAGUUGACCCCUUCUGGGGACCCAAGUCAAACUCAGGACACUAACCUGACCCUGGCACCCAGUCUCCUCCUCCGGAAAAAUAGCAGCAAACCUGUAAAUGACAACAACAGCAGCUCCACUCAACACACUUUAUCUCCGUUUGCUUCCAAAACCAUGGCACCCAACCCUGAGCUCACCUACCUGGACAGAGUGGUCAUGGAGAUCCUUGAGACCGAGCGUAUGUAUGUGAGAGAUCUGCGGAGUAUUGUAGAGGACUACCUCGCUCACAUUAUAGACAUUGGUGACCUUCCCAUCGGGCCAGAACAGGUGUGUGCUCUGUUUGGAAACAUAGAGGACAUCUAUGAGUUCAACAGUGAGCUGCUUCAGUCAUUGGACAUGUGUGACAGUGAUCCUGUGGCCAUUGCCAGAUGCUUUGUGCUCAAGCGUGAAUAUUUUGACAUCUACACACAAUAUUGCACCAACUACCCAAACUCUGUGGCUGCUCUAACGGACUGCAUGAGAAACAAAACACUGGCCAAGUUCUUCAGGGAGAGGCAAGCUACUCUAAAGCGAACUCUACCUCUGGGAUCUUACCUGCUCAAGCCUGUGCAGAGGAUACUCAAAUAUCAUCUCCUGCUUCAGGAGAUCGCAAAGCACUUUGAUCCAGAGGAGGAGGGGUAUGAGGUGGUGGAGGAGGCCAUAUACACUAUGACGGGUGUAGCAUGGUAUAUAAACGACAUGAAAAGGAAACAUGAGCAUGCAGUCCGGCUCCAGGAGGUUCAGUCUCUGCUCAUUAACUGGAAGGGACCUGAUCUGACUACAUAUGGGGAACUGGUCCUGGAGGGCACCUUCCGUGUCCAUCGUGCCAAGAAUGAGCGUACACUCUUCCUCUUCGACCGCAUGCUCCUCAUCACUAAACGGCGAGGAGAACAUUAUGUCUAUAAGACCCACAUCUCGUGCUCAACACUCAUGCUGAUUGAGAGUGCCAAGGACUCGAUGUGCUUCAGCGUCACUCAUUACAAGCAUCCCAAACAGCCUCAUACUGUCCAGGCUCGGACGGUGGAGGAGAAAAAAUUAUGGGCUCAUCAUAUCAAACGUCUCAUUCUUGAAAACCAUCAGGCUGUUAUACCACAGAAGGCAAAGGAAGCAAUCUUGGAGAUGGAUUCUAUUUAUAAAAAUUACAGGUACAGCCCUGAGAGAUUAAAGAAGUCUGUGUCAUGUCAAUCAGAGGAGUUCUAUAACUUUAGACAGGGUGACAGACAGUCUGAACCAUCUAAAGAGAUCCUGAAGAGCACUAAAGCAGUAUUGAAGCAUGCGGACAGCGAGGGUGCUUUGCCUGCUGAUGGACGGCCUUUACAGGCCACGGCUAGCGUCAGCACUCUGGGCUCGAGUAUAAGCGAGUCUGAAGCUGACAGGCCUGCCCUAGAGGAGGAAGACUCUAUAGAAGCCCUGAUUCACAGUGACAAUGAGGAGCCGGCCCCUGACUCGUCCUCCUCAAAGGACAGGUUAACCCAGGAGGAUGAGGAAGAUGCAGAGGACGAGGGAAGUGACUCUGAUGAUAUUCUCAUGGAGGACAACCAGGUAGCUGACUUUGCCAGUUCCAUGCUGGCUGCCAUUUCCUGCUGGCACUAUAGAGCAAGGGCUUUGCUUUCCAUGGGCUUCACAACGGAUGAAGAGGAGUGUGAGGUCACUGAGAAUAACUUCAGAAGAGACAAUGGCCCAUCAACUGAACAUGAAGAGGUUAAUUCUGAACAGAUAUUUGGGGACAAGUCUCAAAACCUGAACAUUACCUCUUACUGGGGUUCCACCGAGCAACUAAAGCCAGACACCUGUUCUGAUCCAGAGUUCAUAGAGAUGGACCAGCAGGUUACAAAUAUUCAUGAUCUGGAGUCGGUAGGGGACAAAGACGACCAGGAAGUUCCCAAAGAAGAGACCUUGCCUCUCUUACAGCAAGUCAACACGCCUGGCGAGUCCUCAGAGGACGAUGAGGAUGCAGAGGAGAAGACAGACUCCAGUAGCAUCCUUCCAUCAUCUGUGCUGGACAGGGCCACUAUUAUUGCAGAACACUUUGCCUGUAACGCACGACGUAGUAGCGUCAGCACUGAAGAGGUACGCUCCCUCGGUUGCACAUCUCCACAUCUUGCCAGCAGGACCGGAAGCAUUAUAAGUCUGGGAGACACCCAUGAGCGGCCACACCGUCGGGCUAGCACCUGCUCUGAGUCGCAUGGCAUUCCGUUGACCCAAGAAGCCCUUGCAGAAGCAGACUUUAUGAUCAUGUCCUCAAGAGAUGACAAUCUUUUUGACUCUGAUCGAAGCAUCCUCAGAAGUAUGGAUUCGGUGCUUUCAAGGCAAGACCAACUACUCAUUGACAAGGUUAGGAGCUACUAUGAAAACGCAGAACACCAGGAUGCUACUUUUAGCUUAAAGCGUAGAGAGAGCCUCAAUUACAUUCCUAGUGGACUUGUGAGAAAUUCAGUUAGUCGUUUCAACAGCAUUCCUAAGGAUAAUGGCCUUGCCCCCGACAAGACCACCAAUUCAUCUGGACCUGAUAAAGCUCAUACCCCAGCUGUAGAAUCUCCAGUGGUUACCAUGGCUCUUUCAGAGGCAAAUUUGAGUACAAUUUCAGCUUCUCAGGCAUGUUCUGUUAUCAGUGCUUCCACAAAUUUCUCUGGGUUUGAUAAAAACAAUGACCUGUUUGAUUUUGGUGUAGAUGGUUCAAUGAAACCUCUGGAAAGCCAGCAAGAAGAGGUUUUCCGCCCCUCCUAUGAAAUGAUCAAAGUAUGGCAGGACAUGGAGAGAGACGUCACUAGAUGUCAAGGGGACCUCAAGGCACUGCGACCCCGAGAGACUCCUUAUUUUAUAGGCACCAGUCCGAGCCUCUCCAGGAGGAGUCAAAACCAGGGCAAAACAUCACAAACAGAAGGUGGUGAUGGACUGAUAAUACUUGAAGAUUCAGAUCUUAGCACUAUCACAGAGGAAUCUUCCACACCAUCACCUCUUAAGGAGAAGGAAAAGAUCUUGAACCAUGCAACCAGUGAGAAUGAAGGUAUCAGGCCCAGAAUUUGGGAGGAAGAAGGAAGACCCCUUAGAGCUUUAGCACCACGAGUUAUUCAGUUGAGGGCAGAAGCUGAAGAAGAGAGAGACUCAAGUUCUCAGUCAGCAGAAAAUGCAGAUUCAGCCCAAAACAAAGUUUUCCAUCUUGCACAAAAGUUCAGUCAAUGCAUCAAGUGCACACAACCAGUGCUGAGAUACAAGAAUCAGGAGGGAGAUUCGUUGAUAGCCAAGAGAGACUUGCUAUCGGUGGUGGAAGAAAAGUCAGAGGAGGCCAAAGGUAAACCAAACCUGAUGCUGUCGCUGACUCCAUACGACCAGGCUGGCUAUGAUGGAGACCAGAAGGCCCAGGUUAUUACCCCCAGCCCAAUCCACACUCCUAAUUCUGUCAGUAGCCCAAGAGUCUUGUCUCCAUACCUGUCCUGCUCCAGGAGUCCUCUUAGUCCCUCACCAUCUGAGAACUUCAACUGGCCAGAUGUCCGUGAGCUUCGCUCAAAGUAUUCUAAUUUGGGCAGCUCGUUGACGCAACCACUAGUCAGCCAAAGUCGCUCUGUGCCAGAGAGGAUGUUUGAUGGCGGUUUAAGACGACGUUCAAGCUGCACUUCUAGCUUGGUGACCAGUGGCUCCACAGACCCAUCAACACAUAAAUAUCAUCCAGGAAGGGAUACAGAAGGUGGGCUGGCUCGGACCCAGCGUGCUGGUUCUUUGGACCAUAAAUUGGGUGGUUUGAACCCAAGCGAUCUGCACAAUCUUCCGAGUAAAAACACCAGCAGUGGCUACUACGUUUCUGGUCGCGCUACCCUUCCCAAUGAGAAAAGCAUAAUUGUGGUCGAGAAACUCCCAGAGGCAACACCACAAGCAGAGAUGGAUCAGCCUGCGAAAGAGUCAAAAAGACAGGAAAUAAGGACAGAUGGAAUGGAUGAUGGCUAUGUGGAAAUUCAUUCGCCAACUUCUCGAGAGAAGAUCUCAAUCAUGGCUGUCAUUGACCGCUGUCUGGCCUAUCAGGGGUCAGAGGAGUACCGUCUGAGGGAAGAGGGAGGGUCGAGAGCAGAACAGUUGCCGAUUAUUAAUAGGUGCCAAGAACUUGAGAAGGCUCCAUCCACCAGUGAACACUUAGGUGAUGCCCUUAAAAAUGCUGUGGAUUCUGGAAAAAGGGCUGAUACUAGUCAACAGGGUGUUGUGAAGAAUCUUAGAGAGAAAUUCCAAAACUUAAAAUAAAAAGAGGCCACAAAACUGUGUAUAUAUGUAUAUUUUGGCUCCUCUGUGUUUUAAGGGACAUGUUUUAAGUUUCAGGCUGUUAAAUAUUUUCACUUUAUUAAUUAUUUGUCUCAUUGUUUUAAAGUCAGAUACCACUGAAGGUAUGGUCAGAACUAUUGUACUGUAGCUGAAUUAAUCAUUUUACAGACUUAAACCUCAAAAUUAAUAUUCAUUAUGUUGUUUUUUUACUGGUAUUGUGGACACUGUUUAAUUCACGUUGCCUACCGAUGUUGAGAACCUAUGAAUUUUUGCGGUCUGAAUGUCAGGUAGGAAGUGUAAAUAUUGUUGUACAUGCAUUCUUUGUUUUACCAUUCACAUAUUCAUUGUAGAUACAGUAUAUCUAUAUGAAAUUUGGUAGUCACUUUACAUUAUUCUAACAGGAAAGCUCUCUCUUGUUUAUGAAUCUUUAAACUGUCAAUGAUAUUUCCAAGUACUUUGAUAAAACCUCACUUAAGCUAAAGUUUCACUAGCAAUGUAUAAAGUCUAGUCUGUACUACAAAACAAGCCCAUGCAAAAUAGUGCAAUUGCAGUCUAACAAAGGCUCUUAAUGGGACAGACCACUUGAAAAUCGUGUUGUUGUUGUUGUUUCUUUUUUUUCUUCACAUUUGUGCUUUUUGCACUCUUCUCACAACUCUUUAACUUUUGGUAUGUUUUUAUUCAUUUUUUUUUUUUUUUUAACUCUUAUCUGGGAAAGAAUAAGUUUAAAUAUUUUAGUAAAUGUAAGGCAUGGUACAUUUUUUUCCUUUUGCACCUAAACCUUGUCUUUGUCUAAUGGAUUUAGGAAUAGCUUAAAUUUUGUUCAAGAAUCCAGAUGCUAAUGUUUCUUAAUUACUUUGGACUUAGUAUAACUGUUUUAAGAACAAGUAGUAUGACCUUAAUUUCCAUGAUAUUUUAACUUACCAUGUGUCAUUGUUGUGGUGAAUGAUACAGUAUCUCUGGCAUUAACGUCAGAUUAUGGGUAAGGACAUAAUAUAACCUUGCACUAUUAAUCAUCGGUUUAGGCAGCCCAUGAUUCAUGCUGACAGACUGUGUGCUCUGUCAUUUCCUUCAUGACUGCAAUCUGAUUCAUGGUGUCUCUCUGUGUUAUUUAUUAAGAUACUGUACAUUUCCUUAUCUGUCUGGCUUUAUAUAAAUGCAGACUCUAUGUAAUUUAACCCUUGUGCGUCAAUAAAAAAAAAGUUGCUCAGA